CUCUCUCAGUCGUGGCUUUCCCUUCUUUGGGGAAUUGCGGGGCUAGCUUCGCCCAUAUAGUUUUAACCUUUCAACAUCCGUGUAGCGAUAUGGCCAAUCGCAUAGAGAUACGGUAGAGUUAAGAGAGUGCGCUGCUGUGGGACCAAGGCGGGACUGUGGGACUACUGACUGGGGAAUACUUUUAGAAUCUUGGGGUGUAGCAGCCACUAUAACUGCCAACACCUACUCCCUAUUAUUUUCGCGCGGUCCCUUUUUUGCUUUGUUUCCUCAACUUUUCGCUCCACGUGCACACCUCGAGCACAUCACUGCUUCUUCGUCGUCUUGAAGGCGAGGACACGUCUAGUGCCAGUCACCCGGCCGCGUCGCAGCUGGUACUGACGCCCUUCUACUUUUACCGAAGAGGAAAGCGCCUUCCGGACAGUCGAACCUCCGUUCCGCAAUUCACAACGGCAUCAUGUUCUUCUCCAGACGAACAGCGCUCUCGGUCGUGGUGGCAGCAACAGCGCUUCUCGCACCGGACCACGUUAGCUUAGCCGCUACGACAACCGACCAGGACACAACAGGAACGACAGUUACCGCUACAUCAAUGGAACCAACCGGCACCACCUCAACGGGAACAACUCAUACCGCCACGUCCAUGGAAUCAACCGGCACCAAACCAACGGAAACAACCGAUAGCACCACGUCGUUGGAUCCAACCGAUCCAACCACGUCAACGCUGGAAGAAGAUGACGAACCGGGCGGCUCUUACGAGGACUGCGACUUUUCGUUUGCAGGGGACGGAAAAUGCCACGAAGAUCUCAAUACGGAGGUCUGCGGCUACGACGGCGGCGAUUGCUGUUCCUGCACCUGCGAGCCUGGGGCCUUCAACUGCGGCGGGGACUACAACUGCAUCGAUCCCGAAGCCGUGUGCGUGGAAGAUGACGAUGAGGAUGGCGGGGAAAUGACGACCGCGGAGCUAGAGGACGACGGUAUCACGGACGAGAUGGCCGACGAUGCUCGCACGGCAGAUGACGAUACCUCUGCCUCUGGAACCACCUCCUUCUCGUCCAUCGUUACCGGGAUCGCCACCGCCGCCGGUGCGGCCUACGUGUUCGCAGCGUACAUUGCUUUGUAACAUUGCUUUCGCCCUCCCUCCUAUGUAAAUUGUGUGUCUCUGCGUGUUCCUUUGUUUUGUUGAAUCCCUGAGAAAUCGUACGACGUACCUUGCUUGUCCAGAGGGUGUGCCCCCUCAUGACCAUCUUGACAUUCUCGUUUUGUCGAUGUCUUGCUCCUCACAGUGAUCCAGCGAGGCGUUUAUUCGUAUGUUUCCACCGCUGCUGUUUAUUGCUUCGGCGUGCGUCUGAGUUGCGUUCCACCGUUUCCGACUUGAUUUGAGCUUUGACCAGUUUGGGAGACUGGGAUCGUAGGCCUUGACGUACCAGGCAUACGUAGCGGGAAAGGCUGGGAAUUUUCCGUCUUUUAGGUUGUUCGAAACCCAGGGGUGUGCGUGCGUUACUGCAGCUUUCCGCACCGGAUCCAGCCGCAAAAAUACGAUGUGUCAGUUAUCAGCAGUGUCAGCUAGUAGCAUGCGCAGCCAACGGGCAUCGGUGGUUCGACAUUCUAUUGAUUUGGGACGGAAAACAUUACCUUAGAGGGUCGAACGCGUGUUGGGGUGCAACCUCAUGGCUGCAUCCAACGUCUGGCGGUGGGGGUUUUGGGGGCACAUGAUGUGGUCCUUAGAGUAUUCCGUUGCCGGUGAACGUGCAGUAAGGGUGGGUCCAUGCAUGUGUGUGCUUGCUUGGCAUCUAGCGUCAAAUUUUCAAACGCAUGGCAUAAAACUCUGUCUUCCUCGUACCACUGCCAACGAGAGAUAUGAAGACCGGUGGACGACAUGCAUGCAUGCAUAGGUUGUGCAUCCUGCGCUGUUGGAAAGUCUGGUUCUACGCUUUUCGUCUCGUUGGCGGGUUGGCGAUCGAAGUCAACUGCUGGGAACUAGCCCUGUGGGAAUUAUGUCAUUGAGUCAGUUGCUUCAAAUGACAGGGUCUCACUUAAGAGCAAUCUGCCCUGGUCGAAAUUGAACGGACAUGUUUCAGACGCCCAUAUGCGUGCGUGCGAAUGUCGAGGCCGAGGUGUGCGUGGCAGCGGAACGCUACCACACGCGUUAACACCGUAAAUGUAACAGCGCCGGAAAAACAACCAUGCGGUGACAGUGAACUACUUAAUUGUCACAACAUGUAGACUAAUCUUCGUACAGUAGACUACUGUAAUGUAGACUAAUCUUCGCGAGACUGUCAAAGCAUGCACCGACGGACGUCGGUACUUUACUGUAUAGACUAGUCAGUGUAGCUUCAAGCCCCUAACAGUAUAAAAAAAGUAUACGUUGAAUAAAACGUGUGGACAUAUCUUGUAAGCACGCCGACCCGACGAACACCUGCUCGCGACCCGUAGUAUGUACUCUGAGCAAUAAAUCGGCAUGACUCCUGCCGGUUGGCAUUCAGCGUCGAACAACCGACAACCGACCGACCAAUCGGUACGGAUCGCGGAAUCCUUUAGACAUAACUAAUAUUACCGAAUUGGACUCUUCCCAAUCGGUGGAGAUUUACCGAAAGCUCGGUGCACAGAUGCGUUCACUACGAGGCGAGUCAUUUUUGUUUUUUCCUUUGCUGGCUGCCUGCCACCUCUGCUGCCUUUUUGGUGCGGUGCCUACCAUACACUAAUGCGCUGGUGCAUUCUGCGCUGCUGUAGUACCUGGUACUGGUGUACUUUUGUGCAACCACCACAAAAAACUAUUCCACCUCCCGAUCUAGUAGGCAUAUAGACGAGACUACUGUACGUUUCCGUUAGGACGUAGGACACACGAUGCACACCUACGUGAUGACUUGGAAGUGAUUACUUCAGUUAGUUCGCGUUGUUGCGUACGCUUGAUAAGGCGACGGCAUGCAUGCAUGCAGCGGGGGGCACCGUCUACAUCACAUACAUGCCAUAUACGGACAGCGGUCUGUCGAUAUCUCCUGCUGUGCAUUAUUGCAUGUCCCUGCUGUACAUAGACAUAACUAAUAUUACCGAAUUGGACUCUUCCCAAUCGGUGGAGAUUUACCGAAAGCUCGGUGCACAGAUGCGUUCACUACGAGGCGAGUCUGCCGUGUGUUCUGCUCGAUUCAGCCGUCACGGCGCGCCAUUCACGACUUCCAGAUUCGCUCUGCGCGCUGCGGUAUCGCUGAACAAAGCUGGGUUGCGGGGGGUCGCCCGUUCAUUUCGCAAGACACUCGCUUUCGAAUCUUCGGAGGGGUUGCUGGAAACGUGGACUUUUUUUUGUGCUCGCUCGCGCAGAUACAUAAGCGCUUUUUUCUUGCAGCAUGUGGCUUGCCAGAGUGUUUGGGUACAAGCGCGCCGCCUGCGGCCUCGAGCUUCGACGUGGUGGCAGAGUUUCGUCCGCCUGAAGUCGUCGACCGGAAUUUCCGGUGACGUCACACAUACUUUCGCCAACAUAAGGGUUCCGUCUCUUUGGCUGAACGUCGGAAAUCGGCCCAGCCGCGCGUGUUCAGCCCACAGGAAUACGUUUUUCAAAAAAAUUGGGUGUGGCGUGCUACUUUUCUGCGCCGGUGCCAUCCCGCACCCUUUGGGCUACGGAGUACAUCUCCGUGCUGAGCUUUCGUGUGGGUGUGUUUGGGUCCGGUGCUGGAUCUUCACGCAUGGAAUGCGGAGAGUCAUUCAAAAUUUUAGGCGGGUGUCGACUGCAAAGAGCACGCUUUAUGGGAAUUCGGUUCUUCUCAUGGAAUAGUGCCUGUUCCGAUGCGGCGUAACCUCAGGUGCGGCGUAAC